GACAUCACUGCAUCCUCUGCGCUCGUCGUGGGCUGGUCUGGAUCCAGGGAAUGGGCUCUGGAAUGGGAAUGGCAAUGGGAUGUGCCCUGCGGACUCAGAUUGAUGGACUCGGAAACAACAUUCCCAUAGGAAGCGGUAUCACAGCCCCACAAAAGUAAUGAGGGACCGCUAAUCAGCUCAGCAAUGUCUCCCAAAGGAGUCGGGCAAAAUAAAGUGGAGGAAACAGCUGUACAGGUGGCCGUCCGGGUGCGUCCGCUGCUUCCCAAAGAGAUUUUGCACAACCAUGAGAGCUGCAUCACUGCAGACCCAGAGGAGAAAAGGGUCACCCUUGGCAAUGACCGCCACUUCCACUGUGACUUUGUGUUUGAGGAUAACUCUACGCAGGAGGAUGUGUACACAGAGUGCGUUCAACCCCUCAUCGAGGCCUUCUUUCAUGGUUUCAAUGCCACGGUUUUCGCCUAUGGGCAGACAGGUUCGGGCAAAACCUACACCAUUGGAGAAGCCAACAUUUCCGCUUUUAGGGAUGACGAACAGGGCAUCAUUCCCAGAGCCGUGGCCGAGAUCUUCAAACUCCUGGACGAGAAUGACCUCACUGACUUCUCCGUCCGAGUGUCGUACAUGGAGGUUUACAAAGAGGUCUUUAGAGACCUUCUGGAAGUUGAGACAGCCAGUAAAGACAUACAUAUUCGAGAGGAUGAAAAGGGCAACGUAGUGCUCUGCGGUGUGAAGGAAUGUGAAGUGGAGGGACUUGAUGAGGUGCUGAGUCUCUUAGAGUCAGGAAAGACGGCCCGUCACACUGGGGCCACCCAGAUGAACCCCCACUCCAGUCGCUCUCACACCAUCUUCACGGUGCUCAUGGAACAGAGGCGUGGAGGUUCUCGAGGAGCGGCUGGGACUGUGCAGAUCCUCUCUUCAAAAUUUCAUUUUGUGGACUUGGCUGGAUCAGAGCGCAUCCUCAAAACGGGGAACACUGGUGAACGGCUCAAGGAGAGCAUUCAGAUCAACAGUGGUCUUUUGGCUCUCGGAAAUGUCAUUGGAGCACUUGGGGACCCUAAAAGAAAAGGCACCCAUAUACCAUACAGGGAUUCCAAAAUCACCAGGAUCCUAAAGGACUCUCUUGGAGGCAAUGCCAAAACCCUCAUGAUUGCCUGCAUAAGCCCUUCCUCCUCAGACUUUGAUGAGAGCCUAAACACACUCAACUACGCCAAGCGGGCUCGUAACAUCCAGAACCGGGCCACAGUCAACUGCCGGGGAGAGCCAGAUCGCGUCGAGGGCCUUGAGCUCCAGAUCAAAGCGCUAAGACGAGCUCUUGAAAACCGCCAGCGCUCUGAAACCCGCAUUAUUGCACGCUCAGACCCCGAGAAGAGACUUCGGCCCUUUGAACUGGACGUGAGGAAGCUGCAAGCGGAGAGCGCCCACUACAGGACCUGCACGGACUCGGCCUACAGGCUUUUAACAGAACUCCAAGGUGAAGGAACUCUGAAUGCAGGUCAGCUCCUGCGGGUGAAAGAGUGGCUUUGCGCCGUUGAGGAGGAACGCAGCGGAUUGACCUCGGCGUCGGGACUGGACAGCGGCAUCGAGAGCAGCUCUACCGAAGACAGCACCGCGCUGAAAAGAGGGCGGGCGGCACUGAACAACCAGUGGGAUUUAUUUAUGCCAAAGGAUCCUGACCAUGUGAAAGAGGACUGGAGUGGAGACCGCGAGGACUACGUUUCCCAGCUGCAAGCCCGGAUACAGCGACUAGAACAAGAAAACACUGACUUCUUAGCCGCUCUGGAAGAUGCCAUGGAACAAUACAAACAGCAGAGCGAUAAACUACAAGAGCAGCAGGAUCUAAUAGCGGAGCUUCACAGUCUGUUAGCCCAGCCUGGAGGAGUGGGGCUGCUCCACCUGAAACAAAGACCUCACACAGCUCCUAUCAACUCACUUCUGCAGACAUCAGACACCGCCGGCCGCCUCACUCCUCCCUGCGACAGUGAUGUGGGCAGAAGCCUCGCCAGACAGGUUGAAAUGUGUUCGUCAGUAGACAACGGCUCAUUUUUAGUCCAAACCCAAUGGGACAGCGGACGAGGAAACGCUCACUUUGAAAUCUCUGGGAAAGGAGUGAACCGAGAUGAAGAUGACCAUGUUCAAACCGCCAGAGAUAAACGCAAAUCCAUCAAUGUGACCUGGACAAAGAAAGAUGCUCCGUUGCUCCAAGGGUCUUGUGCCGGGACCAGGGCAACCCUGUCUCAGUCGUUCGGGCUUGGCCAUCCUCCAGGUCUACAAUGCACCAGACGCACAUCUAACAGCAGCAUUGGUGAGAGCUCGGUUUGGGAGAGCGUGAGAGGUUUUGGAGGGGAGUUCUGCUCAGAGAGAGGGCUUCUCCAGGCACAGCAGAAGAUCAGAGAGCUCUCCAUCACCAUCCGCAUGAAGGAGGAACUUAUUAAAGAGCUGGUCAAGACAGGUAAGGAUGCCCAGGCCAUGAACAGGCAGUACAGUCGUAAGAUCUCCGAGCUGGAAGCCGAGGCGGAGCAGGCCCGUGCAGAGCUCACAGAGGCGCAAAAGCAGCUGCAGGACCUGGAGGUUCAGGGCAGCCGUGACGCUGCUGACCGCUCCAAAGCUCAGGAGUGCAGGAGGAAAAUCGCAGCUGCGCAGAGCAAAGUUCAGGUGUUGAAGCAGAAGCAGCGGGACACUGCGCAGCUGGCCUCCCUGUCUGCGCAGAGCGAGCGGCGCGUGCAGGAACUCGAGAGAAAUGUGCAGAACAUGAAGCAGCAGCAGGACCUUCUGCAGCGCCGCCUGCGAGAGGAAAGCCAGCAGAAGAGACGCCUGGAGAAUGAGAUGCAGAAAGGAAAGCACAGAGUCAAGGAGCUUGAGAUAAAGAACGAACAGCAGCAGAAAAUUCUGAGGAUUAAGACGGAGGAAAUCGCUGCCUUCCAGCGCCAGAGGAGAAGUGGAAGUAACGGCUCGGUCGUAUCGCUAGAGGAACAGCAGAAGAUAGAAGAGCAGAAACGCUGGCUUGACGAGGAAAUGGAGAAAGUUCUGGAACAACGACGGGGUCUUGAAGACCUGGAAGGAGAGCUGACCAAGAGAGAAGAGAUCUUAGCCAAAAAGGAGGCCUUGCUUUUGGAACGCAGUGGCCUGGAAUCCAAAAAGCUUCGCUCUAGUCAGGCUCUUAGUAAAGACCUGUUGACCUUGUCGAGCCGAAUCGAGUCUCUGGAGCGGGAGCUGACCGAGAGGAACGGUCUGCUCCGUAGUAGCAGUGCUCAGGACUCCCAGCAGAUCAGACAGGAGAUCUCCAACCUCCGGCAGGAGAAAGAGCUGCUCCUCAAACAGAGGGUGGAGCUGGACGACAAAUUGAGACAGGGCAACCUGCUCUCUCCUGAGGAAGAACGAACACUGUUCCAGUUGGACGAGGCCAUCGAGGCUCUGGAUGCUGCUAUCGAGUACAAAAACGAGGCGAUCACCCAGAGACAGAGGCAGCUGCGGGCAUCAGGCAGCAUGCUCACCCAGUGGGAGAUGAACCUAAUGGCCAAACUCACAUACCUCUCCGGUUCUGAAACUAGAGCUCUGCUUUGUAAAUACUUUGAUAAGGUCGUGUCUCUUCGUGAGGAGGAGCGCAGGCUGCAGAUGGCUCUAGCUGAGCUGGAGCUGAGAGUCGAGGAGCAGCAGAAUUUGGUUGGGUGGUUGGAAGCAGCUCUGGAAAGACAGCAGCUCGAGGCAGACCGGAGACUCACCCAGCAGCAGAAGGAACAUGAGAGGAACAUCCAGCUACUGCUGCAGCAAUGCCGAGAGCAAAUGGAUGAGGGUUUGGCUGGUAGACAGCGGCAGUAUGAGGGAUUGAUCCACAACCUCAGCAAAGAGCUGAACUUCUGCAAAAUAGCCAAUCAAGAGCUGAACAUCAAACUAAGGGAAAUGUGUGGCCCUGUAAAUCAAGCUGGAGAACAAAGCAAAGGUCCAAAUUGUGACAGUCGGCUUUCAGGUGGGGUCCAGGGCAGACUUACUGAAGAUGCAAAGUGUACGCUUGAUUCAGAGAGAGUUCAGAAGUCAAGAGAAGAGAUGCGAGAACUGGUACAUGCCCCUCUUCCACCAACAUGGAGGCGCUCUUCACUCCCCACGGAGGACCAGUACAGCAUGGAGGAGCUCAGGCAGAGAGCAGCUUGUGAACUGCCAAAUAACAGAAUAAUUCAGCCCGGUAUGAAUUCCACACACUGGAGCGGGACAGCCUCGCUGCCCCUCGCAAGACCGCGGAGAGAAUUAAGGAGACUGAGCCUCAACACAGGACCACUUCAUUCCAAUUCAGCAAUAAUUGAUGUUCGGAGAAAUCCAGUGUAGUUUGUACAGUUAGGAUCUUCGGUAUUGUACCAGUAAUCUGUGGUUUACAGAAUAUUACAUUUAGUUUUUAUUGCUAAAGAUUACUGAGUGUUCAUUGUUUAUUUGUACUUUGUAAUUAUCAGUCAUCCUUGAAAUGUACAUUUGAUUCAUUCGGUCACAUUUCAAGCACUUUUAUUCAACUGUCGCAGGUUUCUGACACUCUUGGACACAUUUUAGUGAAUGUAAAAGGGAUUUUCUUUCAUAAGUAAUGAAAUAAAAAAAUGCCUUCACAGAAAAAGAAAAAAGAAAAAUCUUUAACCAGAUCAUAUUUUAUUCUAAAACGAAAAAUAAAUAAAAGAACGUAACUAAGAAGAACGAUUAAUAAUAUAUGUACGUGAUUUUGGAAAAGGUAACCGAGCCAGCCAGGAGUCGAACCUAGAAUCUUCUGAUCCGUAGUCAGACGCGUUAUCCAUUGCGCCACUGGCCCGU